CAGGGAGUUCAACCUUAAAUUAAUUGAUGCCAAGUGGUUGAGCAAGAAGUUAGAGAAAACAGUUAGAGAGAAUCCAACAGUUAAGGGUGUGGAUAUAAGGGAAAAAAUUCAAAGGAAAUGGAACAUUGGUAUUUCAAGGUGUAUGGCUUAUAGGGCCAAAAACAUAGCAACAGAGUAUAUUGAUGGGUCUUUCAAAGAACAGUAUAAAAGGUUAUAUGAUUAUGCCCAUUUGGUUGCAAAAAAUCCAGGCUCAACAGUGAAAGUAAAGGUUGAGGAUGUAGCGGAUGAAGUCCUUUUCAAGAGAUUUUAUGUAUGUCUAAAGGGAUGCAAAGACAGUUUUCUGUCAUGCAGGCCAAUUAUUGGUUUAGAUGGAGCAUUUUUGAAAGGUAAGUACGGUGGUGAGUUAUUAACAGCUGUGGGAAGAGAUGGAAAUGAGCAGAUGUUGCCUAUUGCGUAUUGUGUUGUUGAAGUUGAGAACAAGGAUUCCUAGAGGUGGUUCUUGGAACUAUUGAUAGAUGACCUUGGAGGGGCUGAAAAAUGUUCUUCAUUUACCUUCAUAUCAGACCAGCAAAAAGGGUCUUCUUCCAGCAAUACAGGAAUUGCUUCCUGGAGUUGAACAAAGGUUUUGUGUGAGGCAUUUGUAUGCCAACUUCAGGAAGAAAUUCCCUGGAAAAAUCCUCAAACAUUUAAUGUGGAGGGCAGCUACAGCCACACACCCACAAACUUGGGAGAUGGAAAUGAGAAACAUCAGAGGACUGAACGAAGAUGCUUAUAAGCAUUUGAUUGUCAUCCCUCCAAGGUAUUGGUCAAGAUCAAGGUUCACUUCAAGAGCUAAAUGUGACACCUUAGUUAACAAUAUGAGUGAGAGCUUCAACAGUGUCCUCCUAACUACCAGGAGUAAACCCAUUAUUACCUUGUUGGAGGAGAUACGGCUGUACAUCAUGCAAAGAUGGGCCAAGAACAAGUCAAGGAUAUCAUCAUUUACUGGAUCCAUUUGUCCCAAGAUCCAAUCCAAAUUUAGAAAGGAAUCCCAGUUAACUAAAAGUUGGAUUCCUAGUUGGUCAGGCAACAAGCUAUUUGAAGUUCGUCACAUGUCCAACAGUGGAGAUAAGUUCAUAAUGAACAUAGAUGACUCCUCAUGCACAUGCAGAACUUGGAUGAUCACUGGAGUUCCCUGUUGUCAUUCAUUAGCUGCUAUGAAGUUCCUCAACAUUGAUGGAGAACAAUUUAUUGACCCUUGCUACAUGAAGUCCACAUAUGAGGAGACAUAUUCAUCAAUUAUAUAUCCCAUAAAUGGAGCCAACAUGUCGAACAUAACUCCAUAUCCUGAUGUGUCUCCUCCACACAAAAGAGUAUUGCCUGGAAGACCAAAAAGAAAACGAAGACUAGAGCAAUGGGAAAUGAGGAAGGAUGAUUCAAGAAUGACCAAAUAUGGGUUGCGGAAAAGAUGUGGCAUAUGUAGGGAACAUGGCCAUAACAGAAGUCGUUGCCCAUCAGCCACCCAAGCAAGACCUUCAGCCACCCAAGCAGGACCUCUAUCCACUCAACAAUCUAAAAUAGCACAUCAGACACAACCUGAAGCCUAG